UUGCAGAGAUGUGUACUGUUUACUUCCUGUGUGUGAGUCUACUUGUUCCUGUAAGGCUUCUGCAGCCAGAGGAGCUCGUCUCUCAGAAAGUUAGUGACAGCACUUAAAUCCUGUUUUAAAUGUUGAUUAACUGUUGAAAGACGCGGUUGUUGUGAGAGAGUGAGUUAGAUGAGUCUGCUCGCAGCUCUGUCGUUAACGUUAAAGUGUCGUUGGGCAGCAGCCUAGGCUAACGAUAGCAUAACUGCAAAAAGGGGGAAUUAUUAACAGGAUUUCUCAUUUUUUUUAUAUAUAUCUUCACAUUCAGUUUCUUCCUCUUAAUGCAAACGCUCUUAUUUCAUGUAUGAAUUGAGUUUUUCGCCGCGUCUGUUCGCACUUUAGUCGACGCUAGCCUGUCCAGCUACCGUUAGCUACGUCGCUAACUGACCGCUAACGGACGGUAGCAACAGUCGCCAGGGGCAACAAUGAACAUCCUUCCAAAGAAGAGCUGGCACGUGCGCAACAAGGACAACGUCGCGCGCGUGAGGAGAGACGAGGCCCAGGCAGCAGAGGAGGAGCGCGAGGCUAAACGUCGCGUGGAGCGUGCUGAGCAAGAGGCACGCACUGAGUAUCUGAGGAGGAAAUCCCGAGCUGCUCUCCAGACAGAAGGAGGAAAGAGGGAUGACGAUGAUGAAGAUGAUAAUCGGACGGGAGGAAGUGGAGUCCUGGAACAUCUCAAUCUUUUUCCCUUGGAGGAGUCCUCAGAGAAGAAGGGGAAUGAGGAGUAUCUCAAAGAAAAGAAAGAUGAAAAGGAGAAGCAGGAACGAGCCAUCGGCUUGCUGGUGUCUCUAGGACCUCAACCAGGGACCGAGGUCACUCCGUGGUACAUGAAAACCGGCAAAGAAAAAGAAGAGAAGAAAGAGAAAGAAGAGAGGAGAGACAAAGAAAAGAGGAAGGGCAUAAGUGAGGAGGAGAGAGAGAAGAAAGAUCGCAGAUUGAAAGAUAGUUUAGAUCCACUGAAAGAUAUGAAGAAAGCACUGGCUGUAAAGGAGAGAAAAGACCACAAGAGCAAGAAAUCAGAGAAAAGAGACAGAGGGAUGAAGAGGAGCAGUGGAGAGAGCUCUAUAGAACAGUUACGCGCUGAGCGUUUGCAGAGGGAGGCUGAAGAAAGGAGGAGAGCCAAGGCCCUACUCGACCAGAGGAACGGCAAAGGGAAGGAGAAGGAGGUAACCGAGAGAGAGAGGCCAUACAACAGUGCAUACUUCCCUGAGCUUGCCCGAAAGCGUCAAAGGCGGGAUCGAGACAGCUGGAGAGACGAAAUAUUGAAAUCAUGAACUUUACUGGUCGUGUGAAGAGUUUGAAACGUGAUUCUGAUGGACAGAUACUGUGACCGGUGUGUUUCCAAAUGAAGCAAAUGUAAAAAGGACAAGAGGAAUGAAGGUAGUAUGAAAGUAGGUAUGGAAAUGUGAAAGAACUUGUACCCUGGUCAUAUCAUUGUCAUUAAGUUAACAAAGGGGCAGCUUGUAUGCCACUUUUUUAUUUAUUUUCUCACCCAAAAAAGUAAAUUCUUGCAUGUGGUUCAGAGGUCAGGUUCAGCUGCAGUUACUUCUGCCCCUGCAGAGUUUCUCUCAUGAUCACGUCAGCAGGGCAGAUGGUUGCCUCACAGGGGGCCUGAAGCCCAGGCUCGGAGCAAAGAAAACACUCAACAACAACAACUGUACAACCGUUUGAAUCGUUUAUAUUAUCGCAAAAAUUCAAACAGGUUGUAACAGCUGAUAGAAAACCAGUACACAAUAAAUGAACAACAGUCUGCCAGUGAAGAAAUUGAUUGAACAGAAAAUGAAAAUUUGACACAUUUUAAAGCAAAAUUGUGAAUUUAUGUUUGUUUUAUUCUAAGUUGAAUUUCUUUGGGUUUUGGACUGUUUGAAUAUUGAGGAAAUUAUAAUAAGUUUUUUUCUUACAGUUUUCUGAUGGUGAUUUAUCUGCUGUUUCUUAAAGGAGCAGCAAAUUCAUCAGUGAUUAAAGUAUGUGCAGCCUUGGUGAGAUCAUAUAGUCGUACAUAAGGAUAAACAUGAUUGUUUGAGGUUCAUUUUUAUUAUUUCUGAAUGUAAAACAAGUCCUUACAUUUAUCACACACUCUUGUCUGGUUUAUGACAAUGAACAUUUCUACAUUUCCUUUUUUCAAACACCACAGAAGACGUUUUAACACGUCACAGUAGGACAACCUCAGCUCAAUAAAAUUAAUGAUGGCUGAAUUCCAUUUAGCUGCUGAGUCCUGGUGCUGUUCAUGCUGGUUCACGGUCACACUGCCAUGACUCACUGAGACGCUUGAAAAGAGAGGAGUCAUUGUUAAUGUUAUUAGUAACACCUGUGAAAUGUUUCUAAAAUGUCUGCAUCAUCAGUUAGUAACAAAACAUUUGACAUCAAGUUGCUCAUUGUCAUUGCUGUAAAUUGUUUUACAAAUAUACAGUGCUAAAAUACACCCAGCCUGAAUUAAAAUCAACAAGUGAUAUCAUC